CUUAGGAAGAUAGGAGCUUUUCUGGAAACAGACCCAACUGCGCUUUGAAAAACUUUGGAAAAGACCCUGAACCCUGUAACUCCUCUGAAUCCCCAAUCCCAGGAACAGGGACUCCCAAUCAGUGCCUCACACACAGCCUGGGGAGCCCACAGCUGAGCUGGCCCUCUUAUCGCGUCUCUUGGACAAAAAGUAUUGAAAAGUUCAUGUGGCAUGGAAAGAUGACGGACUCAGGAGGGCCCCAGAGACGCACACUUUGAUUUUUAUCUACUUUGCUUUCCCAGAAAGUUCCUGAGAAGUCAGACUCUGUGAAUAAUAUCGGGUCAGCCCCAGCCAGAGGUAACUUCGUAUAAGAAUGGUCAGACCAUAGAUGAGUGUGGCAUUGUCUCCAGUUGUGAAUUCUUUGAGAAUCAAUAUAUUCAUCUAUUACAUCUCUAUUGCGGUACCCAGAAUGACGCUGCUAUUUAUCAAAUCUCUGCUAAAAACUGUUUGGGGUUGAUCUGCGGCUCUGCAGUGAAGAUCCAUUGAAGUGGAGCUUCAAUCCACGGAAGCGGAGUGUCCGUCAGAGAAUCAACAGCUCUCUCUUAACCCGAAAGAUGACAGGAACACAGUUUGCAAACGUGAGACCUGUGAGCAGGAAAGCACACAUCAAAUUGAUGAGAAAGAGCAUCCUAUAAGGAAGAAGAAAGUAUCGCCUCGGUUCCUCCCGCAUCAGCUGACUCCGCCUCCUCCAAAUUCAAUGGUGCGCGUUCACUCCAGCUAUUGGCUGAUAAUGACCUUGGUACAUCCAGUUCUGAAAAUCCCUUGGAUGUUAAAGACAUGAGGCAAACUGAAGAGGCUCGUGAUCCCGAUAACACAGAGGACGUUGCAGAGGGGUUGCUUUGUUCUAAUUCAAGUAAUAUUCCCGAUAAACCAGAUGUGUGUGGCCACAGGACAGUGCAUUCCGAACUAUCAAGGUUAAUGGAUGGUGCCUUAGACACUAAUGGCCCUAAUGAAGAAGUCUUCAACUCUAGUCAUCAAAAUCCCACAGUACAGAAAUCCAGCAGCUUGAGCCUGCCGCUGAUGGAGGCAGCCUCAUCCACUUCCCCAGGUGACAGGGCCACGGGCAACAAGCCUGUCAGCCGCCCGCCUUCCAGCACAGACUUUGACAGUGAUUAUGAACUCUGCUCAGAGAGAACCCUAACCUACGCCGAGGAGUUUUCAGACAAUGACCUGGAGUAUCUGGAAUGUUCCGACGUCAUGACAGAUCACUCUAAUGCAAUUUGGCAAAGGGACCUGCAGGGGACUGAGCGUGUUUUUUUAUUAGAAAGCGAUGACGAAGAGAUGGAAUUCAGUGAGUGUUGCCUGGGUGGAUGUGAGCGUUUCCUCAGUGAAAUGGGUUGUGAGCCUCUGGUGUCGGAUGACACCGGGCCUAUGGCUGCCACCGCUGGCCUCUGUGGUUAUCACUCACCAUCCCAAGAAGUGGAGGUACGGAGCAGCCUAGCCUCCAUGCACAGUGCCUCAUCCCCGCAGACAGGGAUGACCCUGCCUGUGGGACCUCACCAGGAUGGAACGUCUGUGGUGACAGACCAGGGGAGAUAUAAACCACCCACUGCCCCUGAAGCUGCUGAAGAUGGCUAUCCAGGAAUUCAAGGGGAAACCAGAGACGGCCACCAGGCAGGAAAGGAAUUUGCCAGUGACAAUCUGCUAAACAUGGAUAAAGCAGUAACAGAGAGAGAGAGGAAGCACUUAUCUGGUGAGUUAGGAAAAUCAGGGAUGAACCAGUGUCUGGAGACUGUGGCUGAGAAAGGAGUAGGGGGGAAAGACUUAUUGAGCCGGAGGGGCUCAGAGAAACCUGCCAGGGCGAGGCGACCGGGGAUUAAGGGAAAAGCCAAGAAGCUGAACCCCAACCUGGAAGAAAGGGCAACAGAAGCCCCCCUGAAUCGCCUGUAUCCCAGAGGACCUGUGAAGCACCCACUAACCCCAAGUGACAAAAGAGAGAGUUCCCAUGCCAAAGCAGAAGCGACUGGUUUGAAUUCCCAGUUCCAUGCAGGAGGCUGUGCUAUUCCAACCCAAGCAGAGCAAGAAGCAAACAUCCUGCAGACUCCACCAGGCUCACUCUCCAAAGAAGGGAGCUUGGACUUGCAGGGAGAAGGAGUGUGGGUUAAAAACGUACUUGAAACAAGCAGGAUUCCAGACUGGAGUGAUCAUCCUCAGGUGCAAAUUCAGGAAACAGUCAGGGAGCAAAUCUCUCUCAGCCGAAUGCCAGCUUUCUCAGAGCCUACUGGGGAGGAGUCCACAUUUACUAUGACCACAAUAGAUUCCUUCUCCAAUUUAGGAGGCAUCGACACGAAAAAUGCAUCAUUGGCCCAACACCUGGAGGUAGAAAGGUGUACCCAAGGCCCACGGCACGAAGAAAACCAAGAUGGAGAAGACAGCACACCUGGAUGUCCCUGGGGAGACCUAGGGUGUGAGCUGAGCAUCCCAGAAGCCAAUAGUGAAAAUAUGCCCCGCUGUGAGCCGUCGGCGCGUCUCCCCCAGGAGAACAGCGCUGACCCCGGGGAGCCCCGGGCUCCCUCUCUUGCUUCCCCUGAAUUUGUACAUACCAUCCGCACCUUGGAAACUGCGUGUGCUGGGCCAAGAGACAGAGUAACAGCGUGUGUGCUAGGCCGUCCUGAAGCAGGUGACCAAGAAGCGUGUGAUACUGUGAGCUCUCCUGUUGGAGCCCCAGCUGGUAAAUAUUUGCCUCAAGAAAUUUGCUCCGUGGACUUCGAGCUGGCAGGUCAAAGCAAAGCAUCUGAUCUGUGUUCUUCUGAUGACAAGGCACUGGAUAUUCUUUCUCAGACACAAGGUUCUGAGCCUGCACAGUCUACAUACGGAAGCAGCAAUGAGAGAACCUCUGCAGUGUUCCCUCUUUUUAUCAGUGCUCUCAUCUGGAACAUUUCCCAGAAAGCCAGUAAAGGUGCCACUGGGGAAAAUCUCUGCAAGGUGGAGGGUUCCACCUCCAUGUUGGCCUCCAUGGUAAAGGCUGGUCAGUGGGGGCUGAGCCCCAGUCACUCAGGUGGGCUCGAGGAAAGACAGCCUCUGUCUUCUGAGAAUGACUCUUUGGAAUGGUCUAAAGAAGGUGGUGACGAGAACUCUAGCUCCAGUGCCCCGGUCACUGCAGACACACCGGCCAGUCAUAGUUCAACAGCGAAGUUUCCUCAGGAGAAGCCAACACCAUUAAUUGCUAAUCUUGAGUGUUUUGAGGUGACUGGGGAGAGUGGGGACACAUCCACUGUUACCAUUGCCACCAAAGGCCAACCACCCAAAUACCUCCCUGUUUCAGUUGCUGGGAACAGCCAUGUAGGUGGCCCUGACGAGAGCUCAACUCGGGCACCAGAUGACAAUUUUUCUCAACUUCCUUCCAACGCACAAUCGGGUCAUAUUUUAAAUGGUUCUACAACUGCAUCUUCAAAAGGGCUAGCGUGCGUGGCUCCCAGUGGACCAGGAAUCCACGUCCACGUUCCUCAGCUCCCAGAGGGAGAGGAUUUCUGUAGCAAUGCCCCUCUUCAGAUUGAUAACCAGUCUGGAAAGAGCCAGACCGUGGGCAGAGCAGACACCAGGAGCCUUGAAGAGAAUUUCCAAGAAGAAGGAAGUGAAACAACACAGAGUGUCCAGCAGGGUUCUCUUGACGAAAAUUUCCAAGAAAGCUUGCCCAUGACGUCUGCUGUACCAGGGGAGAUAAACCUGGUACUCUUGGACCACUCAUCGGCCAACUCCAGGGAGGGAAGGCAACAGAGCUCGGGCUUGGGGACUCGUGUGCCCAUGGUGGCUGAAUCUAUAACGGAAGAUGAUAGCCAGGCUCUGAGUAAUGUUCCGUCUCCCUCUAAUACCCUUCUGGGGGAGCCUAAAGAGGGCGGUCCAGGAUAUUGGGAAGCAGGUAAACGGGUGAAGAUUAUAACUCUAGAGGCUUCCAUUUCAGAAACAUGGCCACCAAGACAACUGACAGAUUCUAAGUGCGAGGAGUCAGAACCUGGUCUCAUCCCUGGUAGGGUCUGGGCUGUAUCUGACGUUCUGAAGACUGAUGCUGCCGUGCCUGAACUGGACCCCUCUGAGACAGCAGCAGCCUGCAGUCCUCAGGCUGAGUCCGGCUCAGCAAUUGCUAAUAACAGAGAAAUCCACAAAGGUGAAGACCUAGCUGGCCAUGCAAACUGGAGUUGUCUUUCCUCCCAGUGUUUGAGCCAACCCAGACUCCUGGAGUCCUCUGUGGACCCUGUAGAUGAAAAAGAAUUACGUGUCACAGACUUGCUAUCAGAGGCUUCCAGAACUGGAAGGAAACAGAAGGAAAAUGUUAAGAGUGUAAAUCAAAACCAAGAGGAAAGCCAACUCAAGAUGGAUCGCCCUUCCUUCUUUAAACAGUUCCUGACCUGCCCUGAAAUCUUAGAGUCCUCUGUAGAUCCCACUGAUGAAACAAGUGUGGAGUGGGCCAGGGUGGAAACACCAGAGCCUUCUGAAUCCACACUGGGGGCCAUCAGCGUGGAGAGUAAAUCGAAUGAUGGAAACUUGGGCCAGAGAGUAGAAGUCCGACCGUCCAUCUUUCAAGUUCCGUGCCCCCAGCAAAGUGGGGAAGCCAUUCCAAGAGAAAACACCAUCAGCCGAGACCAAGGGCACAGCGGGGGAGAGGGGGCGAGACAAAGCCAACGUGACGGAGCGAAGGGGGACGUACGCUCUGCCAUUUUGCCUGUCCCGGGUCCUGUCAAAGGUGGGGAAACGACUCCAACGGGACGCGGCAGAAGCCAAAUACAAGAAGGCAGUGAGAGGCGCUUAGCGGAGGCUGAACAAAGUAAAAAUAACAAAGCAGAAUUAGUUUCCCCCACUUUACCUCUUUCUAGCGGUCUUGCAAGAAUGACCCCCGCCUCUGGAGUUGAUACUCACGGCUCCACAAGUCAAAGUCAUGACCUCCCUGAGAAUGAUUUAGUGGAGCCCAGAAACCAUCAGUGUGCGUUUUCUGACUUAAAGGAAAGGGGAGCUAUUGAGAGUGAAUGUGGGAAACGUGUGCCCCCUUCUAGUGGUCUCACUUGGGGGCUUUUUACUUCAUCUCUUGAGGAAAGCAUCACAGGCUUAUCAAGAAGCCACAAAAUUGAGGAACAUAAAAUAGAGGAGCCCCCAGUUGGGGAAACCAAACCCACAAGCACAUCUGGCUCCCCAGCAGCAACACUCAUGUCCAGAGAAUGUGCAUCAGAGAAAGUUCCUAAGAUGCUGCAGGACCCCUGCCAGCAGGGCUCCACCCUUGGCCAUGGGAAAAUGUCAAGGGAGGAGAAGGUCCUCCCUGUGGUGGCCCAAGCUGGCUGCCUCCCCAGGGUCCCUCCAGCAGUGACUGGGUCAGAGGACGUCAAGGGGAAGCAAGAAACCCCAGGGAGUGGACACGUAGCUGAGGGAGUAAAGAAGAAAAUUCUGUCCAGGGUGGCCACCCUGAGGCUGAGAUUGGAAGAGAAAGAAAACGCCAGAAAGAACUCGAUCUUUCUUAAAAAGAGUCCUGAACUCGAAACAUCGGUAUCACGCACAGAUGAGAAAAAAGACUCCAAAAGACCACCUUGCAAAAGCGAAGGGACAGCUCCAGUAUUACUGAAAAAGAUCCAGGCUGAGAUGUUCCCCGACCACUCUGGAAAUGUAAAAUUAAGCUGCCAGUUUGCAGAGAUUCAUGAAGAUUCUACUAUCUGGUGGAUGAAAGAUUCAAAGUCGAUAGCCCAAGUGCAGAGAAGAGCAGGAGACAGCUCCACUGUGUCCUUGGCCAUCCUUCAAGCCAGUCAGAAGGACCAGGGCCUCUAUUCCUGCUGUAUCAAGAACGGUUACGGGCAAGUGACUACGGAAUUUCACCUCACCACAGAAGUUCUCAAACAACUUUCAAGUCACCCAGAUGUUAAAGUAUACGAAGAGAUUGAAUUCAGCCAACUCAUCUUCGGAGGAGACUUCCUCAGCGACAGCUACUUCGGGGGCCGUCUGCGCGGUCAGAUCGCCACGGAGGAGUUGCACUUUGGGGAAGGGGUCCACCGGAAAGCCUUCCGCAGCAAAGUGAUGCAGGGCCUCACACCAGUCUUCAAGCCCGGCCACACCUGUGUGCUCAAGGUGCACAACGCUGUUGCCUACGGGACCAGAAACAAUGAUGAGCUCAUUCAGAGGAACUACAAACUCGCCGCCCAGGAGUGCUACGUUCAAAAUACCGCCAGAUACUACGCCAAGAUCUACGCCGCUGAAGCGCAGCCUCUGGAAGGCUUUGGAGAUGUGCCAGAGAUCAUUCCUAUUUUCCUUAUCCAUCGACCUGAGAACAAUAUCCCAUACGCAACAGUGGAGGAAGAGCUGAUUGGAGAAUUUGUGAAGUAUUCCAUCAGGGAUGGGAAGGAGAUAAACUUCUUGAGAAGAGAAUCGGAGGCUGGUCAGAAAUGUUGCACCUUCCAGCACUGGGUCUACCAGAAGACAAGUGGCUGCCUCCUGGUCACAGACAUGCAGGGUGUAGGAAUGAAGUUGACUGACGUUGGCAUAGCAACAUUGGCUAAAGGGUACAAAGGAUUUAAAGGCAACUGUUCCAUGACCUUCAUUGAUCAGUUUAAAGCGCUACACCAGUGUAACAAGUAUUGUAAAAUGCUGGGGCUGAAGUCGCUUCAAAACAGCCAGAAACAGAAGAAGCCAAGCAUUGGGAAAAGCAAAAUUCAGCCAAACUGCACAACCGUGAGGAAGACGGCAUCUGGGACCCCAGCAGGAAAGAAAACCUAACAUCUCCUGUUAACUAACGGUCACCGGCUGGCAGCACACAGCCUUGUGGGUAGAAAUUUGAAAACACCCUGGAGGGAACACGUAGCCUGCAGAGAGCUGACGAUCCUUAUUCCCAGCUGCCUGUGCUCCGAGCUGCUUCCAAAGCCGUCACCUGCUGUCUUCACUGAGAUGAUUUCGGAGCAGGAUUUGUGAGCAGGCUUAUGGAGAGACUGAAUCCAUUGUCAGUCUCAAAGAAGUCCAUCUUUGUCUAUACCGUUAGCCUUUGUACCAACCUCACAUUAUGCGUCUGUUUGUGUAUUUGCACGUGGCUGUCUCGUUACGGACUUGGUCCUGAGCAGGGUCUGUCCACAGCCCCAAUCUUCCCUACCCCCAUUCCUAACCUCAGAAUUUCUGGACAUCCAGCUACUAUAUCAACAGAAAACGUGAAUUCCGUCAUUGGGUCUAUCUGUCGCACUAGAGUCGAUUAUGCUAUUGUAGCUGGAGGGGGGCUUCCGAAACGUCAGGCCACUUCCCAUCAUUACUCACAUAUCUGGUUAGAAUGUUCUGUUUAAUUAAAUUCAUCUUUAGACAAAAA